AUGAAUUUAAACAAUUCAAUUAAUUACCAACCAAACUAUUCUUUGGUUCCGCAAUUUUUAAAAGAGAGAAGAAUGGAUGAUAAAAGAAUUGUACAAUUCAGAGAUUUUGGAUUAGGAAAUAUAUCUGUUGAUAGCUUUGUUUUUGGAAUUUCCCGUGGGGGAGAUUUGAAUUGGCUUGAAAGAGCAUUAUUUGUUGAUAAAAUAAGAAAUAUUGUGGAUCAAUUUCCGAAAUUUAAUGUUACGGUCUUUGAUUAUGAUUCGACUAUUUAUGAUUUAAUUUUGGGAGUUAAGACCGAAAUGCUCAAAGCAGUUUUUGUAACUUUAACGUGUAUGGCUUUAAUCUGUUUUUUCGUCAUCCCAACAUUACGAUGUACAGGAAUUGCUACUUUUUCCGUUCUUUCAAUUUCUUAUACAUUGUUGGGCACACUCGGUUGGUGCGGUCAAGACAUAGACCCAGUUACAAUGAUCAAUUUAUUGAUGGCUAUCGGUCUUUCUGUUGAUUUCUCAGCACACAUUUGUUAUCAUUUUGAUAUUUCGCAAGAAAAACAAAAAGAAAUUCAAACAGAGUCUCCAAUAAACAAUAUUAAAAUUUUUGAACAAAAAGAAAUUGAAAAAAGGAUAGAACAAAUACUUGAAGUUGUUGGUAGGCCUAUGCUUGAGGCUGUUAUCUCAACAAUAAUUUGUAUUUUCCCUCUUUUCUUUAUCUCAAUUGAAAUUAUUGCUUCGUUUGCUAGAACUGUUUUGUUUUUAGGGUAA